UCUCGUCCUCAAACCAGCGACUCGAAGCCGCUCCGGCACUGGCGGCCGCCCCAGUCGUAAUAAAAACCGUGGACGACGUCUCAUCUUCCCACUCCGUCCCUUCUCCUCGUCCACCGCCUCGCCAUCUCCCCGAUCCCGAUCUCCUGCUCCUCCAGUUCACGCUCGAUGCGCUUCUCCUGGCUCGGCCGCUGCCUCGUGCGAUCCGCACGCUCCGGAUCCUCCAAGGUUGCUCCCUCCUGUGCUCGUAGCGCUCGGAAUGUGGUUUCCGGCGACAUUCUGGUAUCGGCCUUCGAAUGCGACGGCGCCGGACUAGGGUUUGCGAAGGGUUAUCUGACUCGAUUCGGAGCGAGCAAGGCCGUCGGCUCAGGGAAUCAUCUAUUGGACCUGAGGUUUCUGUUCGCGAAUCCUAGUUUUAGGAGAUUUUUCUCCGGUGGAUCUUCCGGCGAGAAAAAUUACGAUAACGACCGUCAGAAAGAUAAGAAGGAGAUCCCUAAAGACGAUGCAAACAACACAUCGGAUCCUAAAGGCGAUUCAAACCCAGAAGAUCAUGGAAAUUUUCAGGAGGACUUUAUGAAACAAAUUCAAAAUUUUGUAGCUCCUCUUCUAUUUAUUGGCCUAUUGCUUUCAUCUUUCUCAACAGGUUCAUUUGAACAGAAAGAGAUUAGUUUCCAAGAGUUCAAAAACAAGCUAUUAGAGAGAGGUUUAGUUGAUCACAUUGUUGUAUCAAACAAAUCAGUUGCAAAAGUUUAUGUCAGAAGCACUCCUCAAAUAAACAAACGAGCACAUGACAAUGAAAUUCGAGGUUCAGCUGAUGCUUAUCCUAAACAUGCACCUAGUCAGUACAAGUACUAUUUUAAUAUUGGAAGCUUAGGAUCAUUUGAAGAAAAGCUGGAGGAAGCGCAGGAAUCAUUGGGCAUAGAUCCACAUGACUAUGUUCCAGUAACUUAUAUCUCUGAGGUAGUUUGGUAUCAAGAGCUACUGAAGUUUGCUCCAACAGCUUUUUUCUUUGGUCUUCUUUACUUUAUGGGCAGAAGAAUUCAAGGUGGAGUCAGUGUUGGUGGUUCAGGAAAGGGUGGUCAAGGUAUUUUUAACAUUGGGAAGGCUCAGGUGACCAAGAUGGAUAAGAACUCAAAAAACAAGGUGUAUUUCAAAGAUGUUGCUGGCUGUGAUGAAGCCAAACAAGAAAUAAUGGAGUUUGUGCACUUUCUAAAAAAUCCUAAAAAGUAUGAGGAACUGGGAGCUAAAAUCCCAAAAGGUGCACUUCUUGUAGGACCUCCUGGCACAGGAAAGACACUUCUUGCGAAAGCAACUGCUGGUGAAUCUGCUGUUCCAUUCCUAACAAUUUCAGGGUCUGAUUUUAUGGAAAUGUUUGUUGGUGUUGGACCGGCCAGAGUAAGAAGCCUGUUUCAAGAAGCUAGACAAUGCGCUCCUAGUAUAAUUUUCAUCGAUGAAAUUGAUGCCAUUGGCCGAGCAAGAGGUCGUGGAGGUUUCGCAGGUGGCAAUGAUGAACGGGAAAGCACACUGAACCAGUUACUGGUAGAGAUGGAUGGAUUUGGGACAACAUCAGGAGUGGUUGUUCUUGCUGGUACAAAUAGACCUGAUGUCUUGGACAAAGCCUUGCUACGACCUGGACGAUUUGAUCGGCAAAUAACAAUUGAUAAACCUGAUAUUAAGGGCCGUGAACAGAUCUUCCAGAUUUAUCUUAAAAAGAUCAAGCUAGACAAUGAGCCAUCAUUUUACUCCCAAAGGUUAGCUGCUUUAACUCCUGGAUUUGCUGGAGCAGAUAUUGCUAAUGUUUGUAAUGAGGCAGCUUUAAUUGCUGUGAGAAGUGGAGAAACACAAGUGACGAUGCAGCAUUUUGAGGCUGCUAUUGAUAGGAUCAUUGGUGGAUUGGAGAAGAAGAAUAAGGUAAUCAGUAAGUUGGAACGACGAACUGUUGCUUACCAUGAAGCUGGUCAUGCUGUUGCUGGAUGGUUCUUGGAGCAUGCUGAGCCCCUCCUCAAAGUAACAAUUGUUCCUCGAGGUACUGCAGCUCUGGGAUUUGCUCAAUAUGUCCCUAAUGAAAACCUUUUGAUGACCAAAGAGCAGCUCUUUGACAUGACAUGCAUGACCCUAGGUGGGCGCGCAUCUGAAGAGGUUUUGAUUGGAAAAAUCUCUACGGGUGCACAAAAUGACUUAGAGAAGGUCACAAAAAUGACCUAUGCGCAGGUUGCGGUCUAUGGUUUCAGUGACAAGGUUGGACUUCUCUCCUUUCCCCAGCGUGAAGAUGGUUUCGAAUUGUCCAAGCCAUACAGCAGCAAGACGGGAGCCAUCAUCGAUGGUGAGGUGAGAGAGUGGAUUUCCAAGGCAUACGAGAAGACUCUGGAACUGAUAAAAGAGCACAAAGAUCAUGUCACACAAAUUGCAGAGCUCCUGCUCAAGAAGGAAGUUCUGCACCAAGAUGAUUUGGUUCAAGUCCUGGGGGAGCGACCCUUCAAACCAAGUGAACCGACAAAUUAUGAUAGAUUCAAGCAAGGAUUCCUAGAGGAAGAGGAAAAGAAAAAUCAAGAGACCACCCUUGAUGGUCCCUCGAGUUCAGAUGGUGAUAUGCCAUUAUCAUUAAAUGGGGGCACUAUACCCGCAUAAUUAAGAUGGCUAUUCAUAGUAAGUAACAAUCUCAUAUUAUGGAGUGUAGUAGACUUUGAGGUUAAGAGAAAAUCUGUAUAGCUCAACAAUCUAUCUAUUAAUCCACGUGAAUUGGAUGAGUUGUAAGAUUGUUUGCCCAUCCUCACUGGUUCCCUGUCCUUGUAAAGAUCUCUACGACAAAUAUGUAUUUGAAAUUCUGUUCUAUGCUUAGAAGAGGAUUAUAAAGUCUUUGGAUAAAAAUUAGAAGUAUGUUCCUUUUUA